GGCUAAAUCCCGUUUCGGCAGCGGUAUGGAUGACGCAAUUUACACCUUCAAAGAUGUCAUUUCCCAUGGUCUCUGGUUUAGAAACAUCAGCCACGAAUGAUUUUACGGCCUUUUUCUCCUCGAAGCCUGCUCAUGAAAAGGGCUUUGGUCAACAUGCUGAUGAGGCUGAUCCUGAAAGGGUUAAGCAAAUAAUGCAGCGUGCUGUGGAAGACUCAAAGUGGAUUUUGAAUAAGUAUUGCACGAAAAAAUAGAUUUAAAAAAUAGAAAGACAAAUAUGGCAGAAACGUUUUGGAGUGCUCUGAAGGUGUGGAGCCAAAAACCACAUGUAGUCAACAAACGCCUGACAGGUGUUGCAUCCGUAGCCCACUGGAAAUGUACAUCCCUUUUUUCAUCAUGGGAAGAAAUCGUUGAAAAACAUUUAGAAUUAACUGGUCUUAAUGAGGUAGAAAUAGAAAAGCGAAUGAACAGUCAUCUGUGGUCCAAAUCAGAACACUGGACUGUUGAAAAUCAUGAAGAAAACACAUGCUUUGCCUCGGUCAGAAGAUGUUUGCCGAAGCAAACACGUCGCCAUCAGACUGUUCUUGAGCUUGAAGUUAUAGAUUUUAAACUUAAGUGCGCUGUUUAUGUACCAUUAAACGAAGCUACUGAAGGGGAAAUCGAAAACCUCAUUCCUCCUUGCCCAUAUGCCGCAUUUUUGGGACCUUCGGACAUUGAGCUAAAAGUUUUUAAAAGCGAUGCCAGAGGCGAAUGGCUUCUUCUUAACGUCUUGCCUAAGUUGAGAAAAUGGUAUGCUGAGAUGGAUAAUCAUUCUACCGUUGACUCUGUUCAUUUGGUAUCAUUAGAGGCCUAUAACAACCUCUACCAAGAGUUGAAAAAAAAAUAUGUUCCUAACAUUGCAAAGGUUUGGCCUGAAUGCACCGACCCGCAAAAAUUUAUCCACGAGGAUGUAGCUAUUGCUACUUACCUAAUCCUCUUGUGGCGUCAGGAACAGAAAGAACUUGAACUAGAUGUCGAUUACAGGCAGUCUUUUAUCGACAUUGGAUGCGGAAACGGCCUUUUGGUUUACCUACUAACAUCAGAAGGAUAUCCUGGGAAGGGCAUCGAUAUUCGAGCUCGCAAGAUAUGGUCCUUAUAUCCGCCAGAAAUCCAACUCGAGGUAUCGACUUUGGUGCCGUCUGAAGAGACUUACUUUCUCGAGUUUGAUUGGCUAUUGGGAAAUCACUCAGAUGAGCUGACUCCCUGGCUCCCCGUUAUGGCAUUACAGAGUUCGAUCAAGAGGCAUCCAGACCACCUACCCACCCGGUACUGGGUCCUGCCUUGUUGUCCGUUUUCAUUUUGGGGCAAAUUUCAGCGCGAAAAAUUCAAUUCGGCCAACAGUUCUCGUUAUUUCGAAUAUCUGCGCUUCAUUGCCGAUAUUGGACGUCAUUGCGGCUACGAGGUUGAAGAAGACAGACUGCGAAUCCCUUCUACAAGGCGUACGUGUUUCGUAGGCACCAUUCAUAAAAAGAGUGACUCUGAAUGGGCCGAUUUGCUGAAAAUCAAAACAAACAUGAUCGCGUUGAGCAAAGGAGGCGUUCAAGAAACCAUGUUUCAGCCACGUUCUGCCGUAGAACUUAUCCGCAACUGUACGAGAGUGGAACGAAGUAUACAGGAUGCGUUCGUUAAUUUGACUGCCAAACAUUUGCUUAAAUGUGGAUCCCAGAAACAGCCCGGGGAAUGGAAUCAAGGAGGUGAAAUUAAUUUAACCGACCUGGUAACGUUGGUGAGUCAAGAGUUCAAAGAUUUAAGCCGAUUAAAAAAUGAGUGUGGAGGAAUCCAGACAUUGCUCCGAAAUCAUUCUCAUAUCUUCGUGGUGCAAAACAAGUGUGUACGUUUUCGUUCUCCACAAGAGAUUUCAAUUGACGAAUGGCGGAACCAACAGAAAAAUCGUGUAGCAAAAAGGAAACCGCGCUUAGCUGCAAAUGCUUGCGCAGCUACGAAAAUGAAAGCUUGCUGGUUUUUCGCGAAUCAUCCAGAUGGAUGUCCUUUGACACAAGAAUCAUGCCGAUAUGUUCAUUAACGCCAAUGCGGUCGUCUUAAAGAAAUACACGGAAAUAUAUUUGGGUGGAUGUAGGGGGGAAAGAUACCAGAACGGUACGGCGGUCGCAUGUGCAGCUCGAAAGUCUUGAAAAUUGUAUGAAUUUUUCAACCGACAGUAUUAUUAUAGAUAGCUUUUUAAUUUAACAAUGGCUGUGUGUUUGCAAUGGUGAGAUUUGCCAUACAUUUUUUGGGGUCUCUAAUUCCAUUGUUAUUUAUACAUUUAUAGACUCCAGUCUCACUCCAUGGAGAUUAUUGAACUUAGGAUAAAAAAUUGCAUCUUAUUUUCCCCCAAUGAUUCUUGUAUUGACCAUUCUUCACAGAUAUUUGUUACAUCCAACUGCAAUCAAUCAAAACAUACCCCAACUGGUAGCCACAAAGGAGUUUACUUUUAAUAUAAGUAUGAUGGCCAAAGACAAUAAUUUUCUGAAAGAAGACAUUCAGAACUGUUUUACGAACAAUACCUCUUUCUAUUCACCUUGAGUCUGAUUCUAUACCAAGGUAAUAAAAUGAUGAUCAUUA